CGCGGUUCGGCCCAAUGUUGUAGGUUCGGGUUUUGUUGUUUUCAAUGUUGUACAUGAACUUAUUUCAAAUGCAGUAUUUAAUUUAUAGUAAUUUGCCAAAAUUCUCCGAAGUUUUGUAGCUCCAAAAAUGGCGAACGAGGCCGGUGCCGCCGAGGCGCCGAAGCCUAGCUCGCUCCGCCCUUGCUCUAGAGAACUUUGUCCUUUUAUGAACAGAGUAGCUAUAUGGGAAUGGCUGUUUUUUUCUUUUUAAAGAACAGAAAACUUGCUAGCCGAUUAGUACAGACGUACAGUUGAUUGAUUUUUGGUCCUUGCUGGUAUUCAACAUCACUGGCUCAAAGCGGAAUGGGGAAGCAGGCGGAAGAUGGGGCAGAGAAGAAUCAUCGACAAGGCAGCCCAGCGAUAGUGGAGGUUAAUCCUAAGCCUCGAAACGGAUUGGCUUCCACAGUCAUCGACUUGGCGGAGAAAUUGGCGGUGAAGCUCGCCGCCGAUUCGCCUCAGCCUCUUCACUACCUCGCCGGCCUUUUCGCUCCCGUCCUCGACGAGACGCCUCCUGCUGCUGAUCUUCCCGUUAAAGGAAACCUCCCUGAUUGCCUUAAUGGCGAAUUUGUAAGGGUUGGUCCUAAUCCCAAGUUCCCCCCUGUUGCUGGCUACCAUUGGUUUGACGGGGAUGGAAUGAUUCAUGGGUUGCGCAUCAAAGAUGGAAAGGCAACAUAUGUUUGCCGCUACGUGAAGACAUCGCUUCAUAAACAGGAAGAGUUUUAUGGAGGUGCCAAAUUUCUCAAGUUAGGUGACCUUAAAGGUUAUUUUGGCCUGUUCGCCUAUGGCUUGCGCACGCUGAGAGCGAAGUUGAAAGUCUUGGACAUGUCAUAUGGACAUGGGACUGCUAAUACAGCUCUGGUUUAUCACCAUGGCAGGCUCCUGGCCCUUCAAGAGGCUGAUAAACCCUAUGUGGUUCAAGUCAUGGAAGAUGGAGAUCUGCAAACCCUUGGUUUGCUAGAUUAUGACAAGAGACUCGGACACGCUUUCACUGCUCAUCCCAAAGUAGAUCCAUUCACAGGAGAAAUGUUCGCUUUCGGCUAUGCAACUGAGCCACCAUAUAUCACCUACAGAGUCAUUUCAAAAGAUGGUUUCAUGCACGAUCCUGUACCAAUAACCAUACCAGAGCCCAUCAUGAUGCAUGACUUCGCUAUCACUGAGAAUUAUGCAAUUUUUAUGGAUCUUCCUUUGUGUUUCCGACCAAAGAGAAUGCUCACAGAAAGGGGCCUCAUUUUACAUUUCGAUGCUAUGAAAAGUUCUCGCUUUGGGAUUCUCCCAAGAUAUGCCAAGGAUGAACUUCUGAUUAGAUGGUUUGAGCUGCCAAACUGCUUUAUAUUCCAUAAUGCUAAUGCUUGGGAGGAAGGAGACGAUAUUGUGCUCAUCACUUGCCGUAUUGGAAACAUGGAUUUGGACAUGAUGAAUAGCAGUACGAAAGAAAAAGUUGACAAUUUCACAACCGAGCUGCAUGAGAUGAGAUUCAACAUGAAAAACGGACUUGCUUCACAGAGGAAACUGGCUGCAUCAGCUGUCGAUUUCCCCAGGAUAAAUGAGAGCUACACUGGCAGGAAACAGAGAUAUGUGUAUGGAGCCAUCAACAGCUUUGCCAAGAUCACAGGGAUCAUCAAGUUUGAUCUUUACGCGAAACCGGAGCAGGGAAAGACUAAUCUUGAAGUUGGAGGAAAUGUUCAAGGCAUAUUCGAGCUUGGACCUGGACGAUAUGGUUCAGAAGCAGUAUUUGUUCCUAGGGUGCCUGGGAUCACUUCUGAGGAAGAUGAUGGCUACCUGAUAUGCUUUAUGCACGAUGAAUUGACCGGAAAGUCGUCAACGAUUGUUGUAAAUGCCAAGACGAUGUCUGCUGAUCCUGUUGCAGUUAUUGAAUUGCCCAACAGGGUUCCGAAUGGAUUCCAUGCGUUGUUUGUGUCCGAAGACCAACUUCAGCAACAGGCUCACCUGUGACAACCGCUUGCUGCCUUUUAAGCCCGAAUUUUUAUAUUGGAAUAAUAUUUUUUUUUUUUUAAUAAAGCUUUCAUUCAUUUAUCCCGAAAGAGGAGAGGAAUUACAACAGAGGGGUUACAAUGGAUAGAACAGAUAUCCAGUCCUGUGGAAGGGAAAGACAACGUGCAUUGCGCGCAACCCAAUCGGCACAUUUGUUGAAUCGACGAUGGGUGAAAGAAAGAUGAAUCCAGUGACAUUGCCGAAGUAUGGUCCUAAUGUGAGAAAGAAGACCAAAACAUCGCCAAGGCCACAUGGACUCAUCACCACCCAAAGCAUCCACAUUUGUUGGAAUAAUAUGUAUCAUCAACAACUAGUCUUAGCAAUUUAGCAUCACAGAACCAUUGGGAUAGGUAGAAUUACAAUGAAGUAGAAUAUGAAAUUUAUAAACUCAAGUCUUGGCAUGAGUAGAAUAGAUUGAAUAUUGUUAGAUUUUAAUUGUUUACUACGUAAGAAACACAUGUAAUUUGCUUCCCAUAAGCAUGCAUAGUGAAGUGUAAGCAUGGAAUUAAAGGGUUUCCCACAGAUGGAUUUUUUAGCUUCCGUGAAAUGUUUGUCACAGUGCUAAUCGUCAUUGGUUGGCAUCACGGUAAGAGUUAUAGCUCUAAAAGUAAUUGAUAUAAAUGAGGUAUCGCACUCUAUAAAGUUAUCACGAAUUCUAAGCUGGAUAAACUGGCUUUUUGAGGUGACCAAACCACACAUAAAUCUGAGAUGAAGUCUUGAAGGAUGUAAUCAUGACCUUGAAAAAUAGAAAAAACAUGUCAAACCCUUAGUUAGUGAACACUAUACACAUACUGAAUAUGGAACCUUUGAGAAUCAGAAGUCAGCGACGAAGAAAUAUAUGAAUAACAAAAGAGUAAAUAUGUGUCCAUGAAGAUGGCAAAAAGCUUCAGUGAUAAAGCCUACUUUUUUUUCCCCGAUUAAAAUGAGAAAUGUUUGCCGACAUAAUAAAAUUUUUUAUUGGAGUUUAAGCAGCAGGUUUUUAAACUCCAUGGACAAAAGAGUAGAAAUCAGAGAGGAAGUGUGAAGCACCUUUGAGAUAGGAAGUAUCAAGAUCUUGGAUUAGUGUGCAAAAGGUACCUGAUUCUUCUGUCAAUUUAGAGAUUGAGGCAAAGAUUAUUGUUGCCUCAAUAGCUCAUGCAUGUUAAUAAAAGAAACAAAGAAGCUGGUUAGGAAGACCAACUGUUUAGUAAGACAAACUACUCCAAACAAACUAAUCAAGUAAUGCCAAUAUAACCAAGAGGCAUGAGGUAAAACAUAAACAUCACACCUUAGAGUCUAAAUCAUACAAAGUAUAGCAAACACACAAUAAUUAGUUCAAUAUUCAGAGAAAGUAUAACACAUGGAGCACCUAGGUAAUUGGAUUGGUACUGUCUUUAUCCAGAAGGGAUAGGAAACAAGAAAAAGACAUAAAUAUAAAAGUCUUUGAGGACAUCAGUCCACAACUUAUCAAGUUCUCAUUCAAUAGGUUGCUUUCUUUUCAUAGAUAUGGUUUGGUUUUCUCCACAUCAGCGCUUUUAACUUCAUUACAUAGUGUGUCUGAGACUUGAGAAGAACUCAUUCUCAAUUUCACUAUGAAUAGAUUGGGUGGAGAAAGCCUUCUACAACGUGGAGGGUAAGUCCUGAAACAGAAAGUUUAAGCAUAUAGUACUUAGUAGCUGGAAAUUGGUCACAGGGGAUGUGAAGUACAUAACAUAAUAAGUAUGUAAAAAAGUAGAGUAUGAGUGCUAGACAAAGCAAAGAUAACCAAGGUAGUGGUUUGAUAAUUAACAUGCUACAGCAAACUCGAGACUAAUAAAAUAAAAAACGGAAC